AUGUGCGGCCCGCGGCGGCUCGCAGUCCCCGGCAGCAGCCUCGGCAGCUUCGGCCGCGCCUCGAGAGGCGGCUGCAGCGGCUCCAGCGGCGGCCGAGCGGCCGAGCCCGGGCUGGGAAACACGAUGCGCCGCGUCCUCCGGCUGCUCCUCGGCUGCUUCCUCACCGAGCUGUGCGCCCGCGUGUGCCGGGCGCAGGAGCGAGCGGGGCACGGGCAGCUGGCGCAGCUGGGCGGCGUGGUGGUGCUGGCGGGGGCCAACCGCUCGGGGGCCGCCUCCGGAGAGGUCGGCGAGGGCGUGGGGGUCUCGGACGCACCCCCGACCCGGGCGCCCACACCGGACUUCUGCCGGGGCUACUUCGAUGUCAUGGGCCAGUGGGACCCGCCGUUCAACUGCAGCUCGGGCGACUUCAUCUUCUGCUGCGGGACUUGUGGCUUCCGGUUCUGCUGCACGUUUAAGAAGCGGCGACUGAACCAGAGCACCUGCACCAACUACGACACUCCACUCUGGCUCAACACCGGCAAGCCCCCAGCGCGCAAGGACGACCCCCUGCACGACCCCACCAAGGACAAGACCAACCUGAUCGUUUACAUCAUCUGCGGGGUGGUGGCCGUCAUGGUGCUCGUGGGCAUCUUCACCAAGCUGGGGCUGGAGAAAGCGCACCGGCCCCAAAGGGAGCACAUGUCCAGGGCCCUUGCAGAUGUCAUGAGGCCACAGGGCCACUGCAACACUGACCACAUGGAGAGAGAUCUCAACAUCGUGGUCCAUGUCCAGCAUUAUGAGAACAUGGAUACCAGAACCCCCAUAAAUAAUCUUCACACCACCCAAAUGAACAACGCAGUGCCCACCUCCCCUUUGCUCCAGCAGAUGGGCCAUCCACAUUCCUACCCCAGCCUGGGCCAGAUCUCCAACCCCUACGAACAGCAGCCGCCUGGCAAAGAGCUCAACAAGUACGCCUCCUUGAAGGCUGUCGGAAGUUCUGAGGGUGACUGGACAGUGGCGACACUUAAGUCACCGAAAGCCGACAAGGUAAAUGAUGACUUCUACUCCAAGCGACGGCACCUGGCCGAGCUGGCCGCCAAGGGGAACUUGCCUCUGCAUCCCGUAAGAGUGGAGGAUGAGCCGCGGGCCUUCAGUCCUGAGCAUGGCCCCGCCAAGCAGAACGGACAGAAGUCCCGCACCAGCAAGACGCCCUCCCACCCCCUGGCCUACAACUCCACCGCCAACUUUAAGAGCUGGGACCCCAAGGAUCAGUCUCUUCGGCGGCAGCAAGCUUACGGGAACAAGGGCAAGCUGGGCACGGCUGAGUCCGGCUCCAGCGACCCCUUGGGAACUCGCACCCAGCACUACCCACCCCCGCAGCCAUACUUCAUCACCAACAGCAAAACGGAAGUGACUGUCUGA